UCUUAGCUCAAAACCCAAGUUUAGCAUUUGGCAACUCUCUCUCUCUCUCUCUUUCCCUCUCUCUAUUUCUCUCUCAAAUGUCACCAAGCCUAGCCAACUACAACUAGGAAAUUCACCCUUGAAGAAAAAGACACAUACCAUAUAAGUUGUGCUAGAUAUCCACAUAGCACAACUUAUUAUUCAUUUCUAGCUACUUUUGUACCAUUGUAUCUCUAAAUCAAACAUAAGCUUUCAAUCAAUGGGUAACGCCGACUAUGAAUGCCCACACCGUGUUGCCAUUCCUCCAUCCAAACCAUUUUUCAAGUCCAUACAGUCUUCUUUCAAAGAGACUCUCUUUCCUGAUGACCCUUUUCGCCAGUUUAAGAACCAGUCUCUAGCUAAGAAGUUUAUACUAGGCCUACAAUACUUUGUACCAAUCCUCGAAUGGGCUCCUCGCUACACUUUCGAGUUCUUCAAAGCUGAUCUUAUUGCUGGAAUCACUAUUGCCAGUCUAGCUGUCCCUCAAGGGAUAAGCUAUGCCAAUUUGGCUAACUUACCACCGAUUCUUGGAUUGUAUUCUAGCUUUGUCCCACCAUUGGUCUAUGCCAUGUUGGGGAGCUCUAGAGAUUUGGCAGUAGGCACUGUGGCUGUUGCAUCACUUCUCAUAUCUUCCCUGCUGGGAAAGGAAGUUAGCCCUUAUGAGAACCCAACACUUUAUCUUCAGUUGGCUUUCACUGCUACGUUCUUUGCCGGAAUCUUCCAAGCUUUACUCGGGAUCUUAAGACUUGGAUUUAUCGUGGACUUUCUGUCGCAUGCAACAAUUUUGGGCUUCAUGGGUGGAGCAGCCACAGUUGUUUGUCUCCAGCAGCUCAAAGGGAUUCUUGGGCUGAUUCAUUUCACCCAUGAGACUGAUAUUGUCUCGGUUAUGCGAGCUGUGUUUGGCCAAAAACACCAGUGGAGAUGGGAAAGUGCUGUAUUGGGCUGCUGUUUCCUCUCCUUCCUUCUUCUUACUAAGUACUUCAGCAAGAAAAAGCCAACCUUCUUUUGGAUAAAUGCGAUGGCGCCCCUGACAUCUGUUAUUUUGGGAAGCCUCCUUGUCUUUCUGACCCAUGCUGAAAAACAUGGUGUUCAAGUGAUUGGACAUCUGAAGAAAGGUAUAAAUCCGCUUUCUGUCUCUGAGUUGGCUUUUGGGUCAUCGCAUCUAUCAUCAGCAAUCAAAACUGGGAUCAUUACAGGCAUCAUUGGCCUUGCUGAAGGUGUAGCAGUUGGGAGAAGUUUCGCUACUUUCAAGAACUAUCAUAUUGAUGGAAACAAAGAAAUGAUCGCCUUUGGGAUGAUGAACAUUGCUGGAUCUUGCACUUCAUGUUACUUGACCGCAGGGCCUUUUUCGCGAACUGCAGUGAAUUUCAAUGCAGGGUGCAAGACUGCAGUGUCCAACAUAGUCAUGGCAACAGCAGUGAUGAUCACAUUGCUAUUCCUUACGCCAUUGUUCCACUACACACCUCUUGUAGUGCUCUCCUCUAUAAUCAUAGCUGCCAUGCUUGGCAUUAUCGACUAUGAAGCUGCCAUCCACCUUUGGAAUAUCGACAAGUUUGAUUUCGUUGUUUGUAUGGGUGCCUAUAUUGGUGUCGUCUUUUUCAGCGUUGAGGUUGGCCUUGUCGUUGCGGUUACACUAUCCUUGCUAAGGGUACUCCUAUUUGUAGCAAGGCCAAGGACUUUUGCCUUAGGGAACAUUCCCAACUCCAUGGCUUACAGAAGCGUUGAUCAAUAUCCAAUAGCUAAUAAUGUUCCUGGAGUUCUCAUUCUCCAAAUUGACGCCCCCAUCUACUUUGCAAAUUCAAACUACUUAAGAGAAAGAAUCCAAAGAUGGAUUUACGAGGAGGAAGAGAAUUUAAAAUCUUCAGGACAAACCAGCCUACAGUACAUUAUCCUAGACUUAAGCACUGUUGGUAGCAUUGACACGAGUGGGAUCAGCAUGCUUGAAGAGGUUAAGAAGAAUUCAGAUAGCAAGGGUCUCAAGCUUGUGCUAGCCAACCCAAGAAGCGAGGUGAUUAAGAAGUUGGACAAGUCCAAAUUCAUCGAAAACAUUGGUCAAGAAUGGAUUUAUUUAACAGUGGCAGAAGCUGUGGCAGCAUGCAACUUCAUGCUACACACGUGCAAGCCCAAUCCAGCUGCAGUUGAAUUACAAGGACGAGAAAACAUGGUCUAAGCUAUGAUCAAUUGCAUAAAUGAUCCAAAUGUUUAUAUGUACUAGAUGCAGCCAUGAGUAUUAGGCAAGAGCGUCCACCAAUGAUGAGGACCAAUGCAGAGUGAGAAAGAGGGUAUAAUUUUUGGGUUGUUUUGCUAAUUCUUAAGUAUUGUAAAUGAAAAUGAAAUAUGAUAUGUAAGCUUAUCGAACUAGUACUGAGGCAAGUGGCUUGAUGGGGCCUGGGGUAUUAAGUGAUUCCCCGAUUCCUACAUGUAAUGUUUCUGACUAUAAAGUCUGUAAUCGAAGUUUCAAUACUUGGCCACACUUGUGGGGCUCAAUUGCAUAA